AUGGACUCCUCCAAGGUUCCCGUCAAGCUCGUCAAGGUCACUCGUGUCCUUGGCCGAACCGGCUCUCGUGGUGGUGUCACACAGGUUCGCGUCGAGUUCAUGGACGAUCAAACCCGUUCCAUCAUUCGCAACGUCAAAGGUCCCGUCCGUGAGGACGACAUCCUCUGCCUCCUCGAGUCCGAGCGCGAGGCCAGGCGCCUGCGUUAA